UCCGAGAAACACGGGUUACCCUCUACAGCUACUCAGAUAAAAACCAAACACCGGAAAUUGGUUUAUAGAAUUCAAAUGCUAGUGCGUUUGGAAUCACAGAAUCGUGAUGGGGGUGUGUUGAGCAAAAGCGAUACAAGCCAAUUAUAAUUAGGCAUAUUCACUUGACAUUUGCUUUCAAAGCCACGAAACUUUGUUUCCAGUACUUCUAGUUACGCGUUGUCAAACUUCACACGAUUCUAUUUAUAACCCGUUACAAAUAGUUAGCAGCAGGAAAUCUACAUUGUAGCCUACCAGUAAAAAAAAUGUCUCUGAGUGUGGUUAUAGAUUUCCACUUUCUAUUUUAAGUUACGUCUCAAGCAGAGGGCUAGAAAUAAAAACAACAGGGAACCACAUUUGUGGGUUAUUUAACGGAAUAACCUUUAUCUUUGUCCCGUAGUGUGUUGUUUUUCUGUCAUAAUUUUUGAGUACUAGUAUUCCCCUGACGGUGUAGAAAACAGAAUCGUUUGCACCCUACCCGUUCACUGUCUUCUCUGCGUCAAUUCCGUCUAUUAUAAUCAGGUUCGUGCUGAUCAGCUACUCAUUAACCUUACGGCCAACGUCCAGUCUGCAAUAGAAUUGCUUUAAACUGUAUGUCUACAUUUACGGACACAUUUAAUUUUUUAAUUUAAAAGACGUCAUUUUUUAAAUCAUAAGAAAUUCCCCUAAAUUACAACCUUUUGAAAACGUAUCCGUCAUACAACAUACAACCUAUUAAACAGUCAAUUGAAAAACAAAAACGACACCUAUUUUAAUAUGCAUGUAUUAUAUAUUUGUAAAGAUUUUAAUACCAGCAUACCAAUAACAUAUUAAGCUAGGAUUGUGUAGGCUACAGCGUAUCUUAAGUGAAAUACAUUUUGGUAGUGAUUUCAACUCAUGAUUCAUUUAUUUUGUGUUCAGUCCAUGUACAGGAAGUAAGAUGACAAUGGGUGCCAUUUUAUUGACUAAACCCUCAGCACACUAAACCCUCAGCACACUAAACCCUCAGCACACUUAACCCUCAGCACACUAAACCCUCAGCACACUUAACCCUCAGCACACUAAACCCUCAGCACACUUAACCCUCAGCACACUUAACCCUCAGCACACUAAACCCUCAGCACACUUAACCCUCAGCACACUUAACCCUCAGCACACUAAACCCUCAGCACACUAAACCCUCAGCACACUUAACCCUCAGCUCACUUAACCCUCAGCACACUUAACCAGACAUUCCAGGCAUGCAAACCAACUGCCAACAUUCCCUGAUAGUUAUCGUUUAGUCAUGAAAAAAACAUGGAGAAUGUCCAAUAAAAUUGAAGAAUAUUCUGAAAUGACAGCCUUGAAUGACCAACCACGGGUCACACUGGAACCAUCACACACCCUCUCAGCAUGUUCCUGCAGCACUGCGUAACACUCAUAUAACGUUAAAGGAACAUCCAGGAAACUGGGCAGCCAUGCAUUCUGGGAACAUGUAGCCUACUCAAGACUCCCCUAGUGUUUGGGGAUUACUCAGAGCCUCUGUUGGGGCUGCAGCUCAAGCAGUAGCUGUUGUAAUGAAACUGCUUUGCCACAUAGUGUGAGGCUGCAGCUCAAGCAGUAGCUGUUGUAAUGACACUGCUUUGCCGCAUAGUGUGAGGCUGCAGCUGGCCUGCUCUUGGGCAAGGCAGGGCUGAGUUUGUGCCAGAUGUGUGAAGUGCUGUUACUUCCAUUUCUCCUCUGAUGCUGUGACCCCCACCCCCACCCUCUCCCCAGGCCAGGACAGGGCUCAGAAGACCCUGGUCAUGUGACUAGUCUUUGGUGAAAGCCAUAAGCAGUUUUGAAGAUGACCUGAGUCUUGGAGCAGAAGCCACUGUAUUACAUAUUGGAGAUCAUGGACCACACAUGGGAACCAGCCCUCGACUGCUGCCUCCGCCCAGAGUCCGUCAAAGCACCCUGUACACCAGCCUCCAGCAGAAACUCAGCAUUCCGUUUGUCAGCCUGGGUCACAGCAUGGCGUCCAGUGGACUUUCAUCUGAAACCAGCAAGACUGCCUCCAGUGUGUCGGAGGUGCUGCAGCUCUGUGCAGAGGACGCAGAGGAGAUCCUGUUCCAGCUGGGUUUCGGGUGUGACCAGCCGCACGUUCCUGCCCGCAUUCCCGCUCGCUUCUUCAGCUUCCCCUCCAAGCUGCGCGGCAUCAACUUCCGCCUGUUCCUGGAGUCCCAGCUGCGGCGUCUACGGGACGAGGACCCGGGGCUGUCCCUCGCCAGUCGUUUCCGGCAGGUGGAGGUGCUGACGGCGAUGGCGAACGCCUUCUACUCGCUGUACUCGCACGUGUCGCGCACCCCGCUGCAGAAGCUGGCCCCGCCCGAGCCCGGCUCCGCCCUGUCGCCUGCAGAGAUGCGCGUGGGCCCGCGCUUCUUCAGCAGCGUGCGCAGCGAGCCACGGUCCCCCGUCGAGCGCUUCAAGGACACCGUCUCCAAGAUGUGCCUCUACACUGGCCCCUCCCUCUCCCGCUCUGACCGCACCUCAGGCCCCUCCCCCUCCAUCUCAGGCCCCUCCCUCUCCCGCUCUGACCGCACCUCAGGCCCCUCCCCCUCCAUCUCAGGCCCCUCCCUCUCCCGCCCGGGCCCCUCCCUCCCCCGCCUUGACCGCACCUCAGGCCCCUCCCCCUCCAUCUCAGGCCCCUCCCCCUCCAUCUCAGGCCCCUCCCUCUCCCGCCCGGGCCCCUCCUCCUUGCUCAAGCGCAACAGCCUGCCCGAUGUGGUUGGCAUGGUGAUCCGGAGCUCAGCGGUCACGGAGGAGCAGGCCCAGGAGAGGGCUGGAGAUGCGAUGGAUGGAGGCCAGGAGGGAGAUGGGGGUGUGGAGAGGGCUGGAGACCAGGAGGGAGAUGGGGGUGUGGAGAGGGCCAGAGACCAGCAGGGAGAUGGGGGUGUGGAGAGGGCUGGAGACCAGCAGGGAGAUGGGGGUGUGGAGAGGGCAGGAGACCAGCAGGGAGAUGGGGGUGUGGAGAGGGCCGGAGACCAGGAGGGAGAUGGGGGUGUGGACAGGGCCGGGGUCAGGCAGAUGGACAGUGAAAGAGCUGGAGUUUCAGAACUGGGCAGGACACGGCGUGACUUGGUGGUGCGUCGGUGCCGACCCAGUUCCACACCCGGGCCUGGGUCUGACCCAGCAGAACCUCUCACCUCGUGCCUGGACCCCUGCGCCAGCUUCGCUCCCGUUCCCAAGAUCAGCCAGGACACCAUCUGCCCUGUGAUCAGGGAGAGCGUGAGCCUGGCACCCUACAGGGGCCUCCCACAGGCACGCUCCCCUGGGGGGGGGCCCAGACAGGCCUGCCGGGGAGGGGCAGGGGCAGGGGCAGAGCAGGUCACCCCAAAAACCAGCGUGGAAACCAGCCAUGAAGAAAAUAAACCUGCUUGGGACCAGGCCGAUUCAACUGGAAUGAAACCGUCGGCCCCCCCACCCGUGCCCCCCCCCCACCCCGCUGCAGAGCCCCCCCCAUGCCGCAUCACUGUGACUGGGUGGGAAGGGGAUGUUGCUCACGGUUACGCUUCCACCUUGCCGAAUCGCAUCGCCCCUGCCCCAGACUCCGGGGGCAGCCAGAAUUACCUGAGCCCCAUGAGACCACCAUCCCUGGGGCAGGUGCACAGUCCCAGCGACCAGCAGGCUAACUCCUUUGAGCUGGAGGAGGUUCACAGUGCAGGAGAAGACGACGCCGGACUGACAGAUGGCCAGACUGUAAUGGCUCCAGCUCCACUGUCUGCCGUCAAAAGACACAGAGAUGUUAUCUUGAGAGAGGACAGUGUGCAGUCAGACAGCAGCGGAUAUGCUGAUGAAGACUACAACCCUUCCUCACCCUGAACACCAGACUCCUGCAGCUCAUCAACCACUUCCAGGAUGGAGAAAUCUAGAAGCUACUGAAGGAUGAACCCCUUAUCUGCGUCUGCCUGGUGUUCCUCACAUGGUGCACAGAUGGAAAGGUCUACUGAGUUCCUCACCACAGAACAUGGCCAGCCCCGAGUUUUACAAACCCUCAGCUAUGGCUUAAAUAUCGCCAAUAAAAUGUCAGCCAUCCACAGAAAACAAUAUAUGACAUGUAAGUACAUGACUGGGUCAUGGAAGAUUAGUGCUUCAAGCCCCGGUGUAGCCAAAAUGGUGCAGCUGUUGGGCCCUUGACCAAGGCCCUUAACCCCACAUUGCUCCAGGGGGGAUUGUCCCCUGCUUAGUCUAAUCAACUCUAAGUCGCUUUUGGAUAGAAGUGUCAGCAAAGUAACUGUAAUGCAAUGGCAUCACAUCGAAUCUUCAUUUUCCUGUAUUGAUUUGACUGAUGUGUAUGUAUGUCACUGUAGACCAGUGGUCUCCAACCCUGGUCCCGGAGAGCUACUGGGCCAGCUGGUUUUUGCUUUUAUCUUAAAAUCAGCACCCAGUUGAGACCCAGGUGACCAGCUGAGGUGAGUUAAGUGUGUAAUCAACUGCUUAAAUUGAUUAAUAGAGUAACAACCCUACAGCUCUCCAGUACCAGGGUUGGAGACCACUGCUAUUCUCACUCUGAGGGAAAGACAGAAGAUGAGAGUUCCACUGUACGUAGUAGAUAUUAAAUCUCUGUUUUUUGACAGUGCAGAGGGUGUCUGACUGCUUAUGACUGAAUGUCUUUUAGUAUGUAUGGUCCUGUCUUUCUUUUAUUUAUGAGAAUUAUAAUUGAUGUGUAAUUGCUAUGUAAUUUAUUAAAAAACAAUGUCUUCUA